GGAGAGGAGGAGGGAAACGGCAUCCUUCACCAGAGGAGAGAAGCAGAGAGAAGGAAGAGACAGAAACUAAACAAAGGAGGACAAAAAGACUGAUCGUGCUGUCUGAGAGAGGGACAGACGAAGGGACGAGAGACACUAACAGCGGCAGGCAGAGAGAGAGAGGCAGAGGGAGGCCGUAGCAUCCGUCCUCUGGGCCUCCAUCAGCUGACUGGAGCUUGGUUUGGAGGGUGGAGCCAUGAUGGGCAAAGAUUACAUGUUAGCCAUCAUCAUAGUCAACUAUGACGACAACAUCUGGACAGACCAAAACCUCCUCCUGGAUCCAGAUCUUCCCUCUGGCUGGAGAAUCAUCAAAGACGCCACAGGGACGUACUACUGGCAUGUUCCAACCGGCACCACCCAGUGGCAGCACCCCCGUCUGACUGGGAAGCCACAGCCCCUCCAAACACAGCAGGAGGAAGUAGGAGCACCGAGUCCUGACAAAAAGACAGAUGAACCUCCAGAGGACAGGACUUUGUGGCAUGAAGAUUACCUGACCCACCAUGACCCAGACUCAAAGUGUUUUGCGGUGCGCUCUCUGGGCUGGCUGCAGGUGGAGGAGGAGGACCUGUCUCCUGGUCGCAGUAGUCUUGCUGUCAGUAACGUCAUCCAGCAGCUGUCUCAUUGCAGCAGCCCCGAGCAGAAAGACCGGCAGGGAGCCUGGGGGGAGGGUCGGGAGAUGACACUGGUUCUAAAGAAAGACACCUUGACCCUGUUGGACCCUUUAGACCACACCCCUCUCCACUGUCAGCCACUCAUCAACAUCCGUGUCUGGGGGGUGGGCUGCAACAAUGGCAGGGACAGGGACUUUGCCUUUGUAGCGGGCGAUAAGGACAGCUGUGUUCUAAAGUGUCAUGUAUUUCGCUGCGACGCUCCGGCCAAAGCCAUCGCCACAGCGCUGCACGAGAUGUGCUCCAAGAUGAUGUCUGAGAAGACGCUGGUGAGGCCAUCCCGCUCUCUGAACAUGGAGAGCAUCUCACCUAAAGACCUGCCACGACAAGUGGAAUUUCUGGAGGCGGUCCGGCAGCAGGUCCAGAAGUUUGAGGUGGAGUACAUCGGAAACCUGCCAGUGUGCAGAGCCAUGGGUAUGGAGGUGUUGAACCGAGCCAUAGAGAGCAUCAUGAACUCCACAGACCGAGACGACUGGGAGAGGACGGUCAUCCACGUCACAGACAACGUCCUGUCCCUGUGGAAAGGGGAGGACGGCGAAGAGCCCAUCUGGGAGUGUCAGGUGCGCUUCCUCACCUUCCUGGGCGUUGGCCAUGAUAGCCACACCUUUGCUGUGAUCGUGGAUGGUGGCACGCAGCAGUUUGAGUGUCACGUGUUCUGGUGCGAACCUGAUGCGGGGAUCAUCUCUGAGGCGGUCCAAGCGGCGUGCAUGGUCCACUAUCAGAAGUGUCUGGUGGCUCAGACUCCUCCCCCCAAGAACAAAUCAUGGCAUGCAAAUUCAUCGAAAGUCAGACGAGCCAACUCCAUGGACGCCGCCGCGUUCCCGCCGCUUACGUCCCAUCAACAUGGCGGUGGCUCCACCUCCAUGUCGCCAGGGAUGAUGAAAGGCAACGGCGGCGUAAGGAAGGGGAUGAUGGCGUUCUUUGAAACUUUCCGGAACAAACAGGCCGCUACCUCCUAGUGAUGGGGCGGGGCCACCAGACCCCGGUGGUCCUCCAGGACUGUGAUGAUGUCAUCAGCACACCUGAGCUGGCGACGUCAACCUCACCUGUUGGUGCUGCAAAGCUGAACAGCAUGAAUGUCUGACCAAUCAGAGCGAUCGAUACCUCCAGGUCACCUGACCAGGUCAAAACAAACUUCAGGUGGCAAGAUGAUGACUCAGCAGGAUUUCUUCACUGACCCGAUUUUCCCAAAUGUCCCAUAGACGUAAAUAGAUCAGCAUCUCUGUCAUGUUUUUGUUUCAAGCUUGUAGUGAAUCCUCGGACCAGCAGGGGGCAGACUGAUGUUUACUCAUUCCCUGUCACAUGAAUGAAGCCCCGCCCACCACGGGGUAAGGCUGUCUCCUGAUUGGCUGAAGAUGUGAUGUGUUCCAGAGAGUUACAACCUGUUUGAUGGAUGUGAUGAACACUAAUAAACUUAUCUGUAAAAAAGUAAACACUUUGGCACAAAACAAACAAAUGAUGUCAUGUAUAAACAAAACAAAAUAAACACACAGAGAUCCUCGUUCUGCUCCUGAUGCGUCUUUAAUCCUCAUGAAAUAUUUCAGAACCCGGAGAACGUUUCCUGGUUGGUGAGGAUUCAUCAGAGGACUGCAGGAUCAGCUUCCUUCUGCCUCUGGUUUCCAUGGUUACCAUUGUCUCCAUAGUUUCACUGUUUCCACCAGCAGCCAAUCAAAAGCUCAACAAGCCAAUUUGAAGGAAAAAUAUUUCAGAGUGGAUAUAUUAAUCAAAUAAAUGUGCAGUUAAAUGGUUUUUAUAGACACUGACCGUGUGAUAUGUUAGAAUACCAGAGGUGUCCACCAGGAGGCAGGAAACACAUAUCAGCUUGUAUAACAGUGUUUGGAUCAGGAGGGUCAA